UGCUGAUACCUCCUGCUGAUUUUAGCAUGAAAACAAUCACAAUCUCGAAAACAAACAUUUAAGAAUUUAACACAACUGGCGUCUUUCGCAAACUAGCAUAAUUUAUUUUUCGUCUUCAAGAUUUUAUCCCUUUGUUGAUCUUAGCUAUUUUUAAUUAAUGGUUUGGUUUGAGGGUUUGAGAUUCUUUAUUGAUAAUGGACUUUACUGUGCCGCCGUUUAAAGCGACUGUACCAGGCCAGUCUGAACUCUUAAUGUAUGGGGAUGACGCUGGGAAUUUUGAAGAAGGCGAAUAUCCUCUGACAGCUGAAAAUUAUGAAGAAGCUUACAACGAUGCCGAGUUCCAAGAAAUUCACACAUUUUUGGCCGAUGGAGGUGACAGAUUUGGUGUAUCAGCCGUCGCCUUUGAUCUUCAAGAACAACUCUUGUGGAUGGGAAAUCAAGGGGGACAUGUUACUUCUUACUACGGCCCUGGAAUGCAGAAGUACACGUCAUUUCAAGUGCACUCGAACCAGGACGUCCGACAAAUAUCAACAUUUGAAGAGGGUGUUCUAGCCCUCACUCAAAGCACGCUGCGGUGCCAGCAAAGAAGAGGGAUUCCAGUAUUUACUCACAGCUCCGACAACAUGAUGGAAAUGCAGUGCAUGCUUCAAAUGGCACCAUCCACGAUGGUCAUGGGAGGCCAUCAAAGCAAGUUGAUCCUGUUUGACAUAACUCGAGCUGCCGAGACCGGAGUGGUGGGUGUUGGUGAGAAUGGCUGCGCAAUUAUCCGGAGGCACGGACGCUACUUAUGCACAGGAAACCCUUUGGGCGUCGUGGAACUGAGAGACCCCAGGUCGUUGCACCUCGAGCACAGCCUCGAGGCCCACACUGGAAGCCUGUCUGAUUUUGACGUGCACGAAAACCUGCUCGUCACCUGCGGCUUCUCAGCGAGGUCUGAUGGAAUGGCGGUCGAUCGCUUGUUGAUGGUCUACGACCUGCGCAUGAUGAGAGCCAUCUCGCCAAUGCAAGUUUUAGUCGACCCUUUGCUGCUCCGAUUUCUGCCGACCUUUUCAUCCAGACUUGCGGUCGUGUCUGCAGUGGGGCAAUUCCAGCUGAUAGACACUGUGGCCCUUGAUGAGCCAGAUAUCUGUCUGUACCACACCAAUUCUGUCGGCGCCAUGUGUUUGACCUUCGACGUCUCGUCCAACUGCCAAUGCAUGGCUUUUGGCGACAAUGAUGGCACUAUUCACGUUUUUUCGUCUCAGCCAGAGGCCAUUUUUAACAACUUCUCGAGCAACACCACAUUUGCUGACGCCGUGGAAACUCUGCCUGCCUUUGGCAUCAAUGACGCGAUUACGCCUCUGUCUUCCAUUCCAAUGCCGUAUUGUCAGGGUCGCCUCGCCUCAGACUGGCCAGAAAAACUCCUAAGGAAGGUGUACAGGCCCACCCCUCCAAUCGAUCCAUUCACGCUAAAGAACCUAAAAAUGGUUGGAAAUAUUGGCUACGCACCAAAUCCUGGCGUCUUUAGAAGAAAUCAGGUAGCGUACAAGCCUUGGAAGAGCGGUCCCAAGGGCAUGAAGAAAAUGUACGGGUCAGAUGCGUCGAAUAGCAAGGAUGAUGGCUCGUUUGUUGCCAUACCCAAAAAGUACAGGAAAAUCGAGGUGAAAUACUCCAAAAUGGGCGUGGACGACUUUGAUUUUGAUUACUACAACAAGACUGGAUUUUCGGGUCUUGAAGCGAUGCUCCCAAAUUCUUACUGCAACGCAAUGCUUCAGCUGCUGUACUACACAGACACAGUGCGUGCCGCACUUGAAUCUCAUCUGUGCCAGCGUGAGUUCUGUUUGGCCUGCGAACUCGGUUUCCUCUACUUCAUGGUGGAUCGCUCACAAGGAUUCCCGUGCCAAGCCAGCAACUUUCUGAGGGCUUUCAGAACCAUUCCUGAGGCGUCUGCGCUCGGUCUUAUUCUCUCCGAUGAAAAUAAUUCCAAAAUGAAUGCUAAUCUUCCGCUUCUGAUCCAAAAUUUCAAUCGAUUCAUCCUGCAUCAAAUCCAUUUUGAGAUUUUAGACGCUAAAAAGUGUGAAAACUACUUGGAGUCGGCCAGAGCUGAAUUUCAAGGCCCGAUAACGGCCCCUUUUGUGUACCAGGAAAAGGAUUUUCCAAGCAUCAUGGGAUCUGGGGUGCGCAACAGCAGAAACUACAAGGAGGAAACCAUCGAAGCUGCUGAAAUUCCACAAGAGAGUCAAGAAAGCAGACCAGUGUCUCCUGUCGCAGAGAACGAGUUGUCAAACAUUUUUAGCACUCGACAGACGAGCCAGCACAAGUGCAUCAAGUGCGGCAGGGAAGGGUCCAAGGAGACGACUCAGCUGUUGUGGAACCUCACGUAUCCAGACAUGAGUGAAGUCAAAGCUCAGAUGAGCUUCUGCGAUGUGCUGACCAAAAGUCUUGGUCGAGUGCAGGUCAUCAAAACUUGGUGUGAAGUCUGCAACAAUUUCAUGCCCACUAAACAUUCACGAAAAAUUUCCAAGCUGCCACCAAUCCUGGCCCUGAAUUGUGGCAUCGACAGUCCGAACGACAAGGAAUUCUGGCAAAUUCAAAUGGACUAUCUGGUUCAAAAGGCUCAGGAAGGUGCACAGAGCUUAAAAGACGAUUCGCCAGCACCGGUCGCGGGCCCUCCAUCGUCAGGAAAACCUUGCAGAUACGGAGACAAGUGCAUGCGUGCUGGCUGCAGGUUCAAACACGCUGGACGAGCUGGUGAAUCUGCGACGCCAGUGAGUAACAGUCACCUGUACUACAACAACGCCUGGUUGCCACUGCACAUUCAGGCUGACGUUGGCGACAAUGGUCAACUGUUCAUCAGAAAGAAAAGCGAAAGCGGUGAGGAGGCGGACAACGUGCCCUUCCCCAGCAGCCAGCACAUCGAGUACGAUUUGCACGCAGUCGUCUGCUACGUAAAUGACCCUGCGAAUCCGGACAAGAAGAACCUGGUCUCGUUGAUCAACGUUGGGCCCAGAUACCACGAGAGGUCGUUGGGCUCCCCAGUGAGUCAGUGGUACAUAUUCAACGACUUCAGCAUCACUCCCGUGCAGGCACAAGAGGCCGUUUGGUUUAGCUUGGACUGGAAGAUACCCUGCGUCCUCUACUGGAUCAGCAAAGAACUGAAAAGUCAGCCGGAACCGGUAAUCCAGAAUCCGAUCACCCUCGACGUUUUCCGCGAAGAUAACAACCUGGCACAGAGCGGCCGCAAAAUGAUCACCUUCACUCCACUCUCUGCAGAAGAGAUGCCAUCUCAAGGUGAUCUUGUUGCGAUGGACGCCGAAUUCGUGACCCUGAACCAGGAAGAAUCUGAACUGCGCAGUGAUGGAAAGACCAACACGAUCAAACCUUCGCACAUGUCGGUCGCCCGCAUAACCUGCAUCAGGGGCCAGGGUCCUCAGGUGGGAGAGCCCUUCAUUGAUGACUACAUAUCCACCUCGGAACAAGUAGUCGACUACCUGACCAAGUUUUCUGGAAUCAAGCCUGGCGACCUGGACGCCAACUUCAGCUCGAAGCAUCUCACCACCCUCAAGUCGACCUACCAGAAGCUUCGCUUUCUGGUUGACAUUGGAGUCAAAUUCGUCGGACACGGCUUGAAAAAUGAUUUCAGGGUGAUCAACCUGGUGGUUCCCUCGGAGCAGGUGAUAGACACUGUACACCUUUUUCACUUGCCUCAUCACCGAAUGGUUUCACUCAAGUUUCUGGCUUGGCAUUUUUUGAACACGAAGAUUCAGUCGGUGACGCACGACUCAACCGAGGACGCCAAAACCGCUUUGCAGCUUUACCACCACUACAAGAAACUGGAGGCUUCUGGAGGGGUGGCUGCAGCGCUGAAGGAACUCUACGCUACAGGCAAGCGAAUGCAAUGGAAAGUGCCAGGCACCGAGUGAAAUAAUAUAAUUCUGUGAUUUGCUCAACACUUGUUUAUACUUAACAAUUUUUUGAAGCUUUUUUGCCUUUAUUUUUCAAGCUUUUACUUUUAGUCAUGUUAUGUCUGUUUCGAGACCUUUUUAUCAAUGAGAAUUGAAGAGCGUAAAAAUAAACAUGAAAUUAUUUUAAAUCAGACAG